AUGCCAAAAGUGAUAGAGGAACUUAAAUUGUUCUUAACAAAUUUAUCAAAAGGAUCCGAUAUAGUUGACACUAGUGAUUUGCUGAGCUCAGGUGUGGCAGAUGAAUCUGUUAUUUUGGAUAUUAAAGCGAAACUUGGAGAUAGUCCUUGGAAUAUACAAAAAUUAAUAGACCUAGGAAUUGGAAUAAUUGAAGAAAAAGGAAAAAAGGAAAAUUUCGAAAAAAGUUGCGAAGAAAAUUGCGAAAAUUAUAAAAAAAAUUAUGAACAAAAUUGCGAAAAAAAUUAUGAACAAAAUUGCGAAAAAAAUUAUGAACAAAAUUAUGAACAAAAUUAUGAAACCUGGGAUGAAAGCGAGGGUGAAGGAGAAAACGAACUCGAACAUGAGCAUUAUAGUAGUGAUGAUCUAAUAUCCGAAGUUGAUAGAAUGAGCAUAUGUGAUAUUGAUAUGGAAUAUCAAAAAAAGUCAACAGAAAAAGAGGAAAUAAAAUAUAUAAAUGAAUCGUCUCGUGAAUAUAUCGAGCCAAUUGAUGAUAAUUUAAAAUUUAUAUCAUAUGAACAUGCAGAAGAAAUGUUAAAAUUUAUGAUACAAGAAAGUUAUAUAAAUAUACAUCCAAUUGCUAAAGAGUUUAUUUUAUUAAUAACUUUUGUAUUUAAUUGUAUAAAAAAAGAAUGUUGUAAAAGUAAUUGUUUAAAUUUUGAGCAAAAUACAAUGUCUAAUAAGAAGAACAUCAAAAUACAUAAUAAUGACGAACAGGAAAAUAAUGUAAAAAAAAAUAUGAACAAAAAAAAAAAUAUCAUAAAUUUUAUGAACAAGUUAGGUAAACAAAAUCAUAUUUUUUUAAAAAAAAAAAUAAAAUCACCAGAAAAAAAAAAAAAUAAAAUAAAUGCUGUUAAUAAUAGAAAUUAUGGUAAUGUUCAUUUAAAAGAGGAUGUUAUGUCUAAAAAUACAAAUUAUAAUGAUAAUGAAUCGAGUAUAAAUUUUAUGCAAUAUAUUUACAACGAUCCAAGAAAUAACAAUUAUCAAAGCGAACUUAGUAAAUUAAACACAUUUACCUCAUUUAAUUCUGAACAACAACCUCAAGAAACCGAUAGUAUAAAAAAAAAAAUAUUUGAUAUAAAUAUAACAUCACACAUAGACAAUAUCAAUAAAGGAAAUAAUUAUGGUCAUGCUAACAGUAAUGACAAUAAUUAUGACAAUAAUAAGUGUUUAAAUUAUGACACAUUUUUAAGUCUUCUCGAAUCAGAGAGGUGUGAAUAUAAUGUAGACGAUAUAGAACAUGCUUUUAGUCAAGAAAAUAUGAACAAAGUGUGUGGAAUUUUUUAUAAACACCUGAACAAGGUCAGGAAAAUGAAUAAUGAUGAACUAGCUAAAAAAAAUAUAAAUAUUAUAAUGAUACUUUUUUACUUAACGAACAGGUAUUUUGGAAUUUAUUUUUUAAAAACAAUUAAUAUGUAUGUCGAGUUAUAUUAUAUUAACAAACAAUUUAACGAAUAUAAAAACAAAAAUGAAAAUAUAAAAAAUAAUCUUAGUAAAAAAAUAGACAAAUAUUUAGAACAAUUAAAAAUAAGUGAACAACAUGUAGAAGAAUUCGAAAGUUUUAAAUUAAAUUAUACAGAGUUAAAAAAAGAAAAUGAAAAAUUAAAAAAUGGUAAUAAUAUAAUUCAAAAAUUAAAAAAAAAAAUUAACAUAAUAGAUAAUGAAAAAUUGAUGGUAAUAAAAGAAAAUGAAAAAUUAGAAUUUAUUAUUAAAAAAAAAAAUAUGUUAAUCGAAAAUAAUAAAAUAAUAGAAAAGGAGAGAAAAGAUGAAAUAAACAAAACAAAUAAUAAAAAAACUAAACUUAUCCUAAAAAAACAUUUCCCUUCAUCAGCUAAAAAUAUAUCUAACAUUUCAGUACCCAUUAUUACCACCAAUAAUUACAACAUUAAUAAUAUAAGCAAACAUAGUGAGAUAGUAAAUAAAAAUGUAGAACCUGAAAAAAUAUAUAACAAAAUAAUAGGAAAAGAAAUAUUAAAAAAGUCUUUUGAUAAAACAAACCAAAAAGAUAUAAUCAAGGAAGAAAAAGGAACACAAACAGUAGGUACCUCGAUUAUAAGUAAAGAUGAAUUGCCGAAUUAUCAAAAUUCAAAAUCAACACAAGAACAGUAUGUAUCCACAAAUUAUAAAAAAAAACAAAAUUAUGAUGUGUGCACAUUAUGUGAGAAGAAACAAAAUGAUAAAAUAUUGCAACAAAAUAAUGAACAGUUAGAAAUUCUUAAUUUUGAAAAAACAGAAAAAUCUGGAAAAAUUUCAACAAUUUCUUAUGAAAAAAAAAACGAAAUAUCAUCAAAUAAAUAUGUAGAAACAUUAGAAAUAAAUAACAAAUUUAUAAAAGUACCAAAAUAUAAAAGUAUAUUAAAUUAUCAAACAGAAAAUUAUUGUUUCCAUUUUUUAUUAUUUUGUAAGAAAAAUAAAAAUAAAAGUUUAAUUAAAAAAAAUUUAAAAAAAUAUACAAUUUGUCUAAAUCCACCAAAUAUGGGAAUACAAGAUAAUAAUUGUUAUAGUAUAAUUGACAUGAACAGAAAAUUAUUAAUAGAAAAUAUAUUUUAUUUUGUAACAAACAAUGUUUCAAUUUUUGGCGAAUUUUUAUUUAACCCGGGUUUAAUUCAUUCUUGUUUGAGAUAUUUUUCGAGUAAUUUUUCUGACAAUGAUAAUGGUAAUAAUAAUGGAAAUGUUAGACACAAUUUAAUAGAUAAUGAAAUAAAUAAUUGUGUUCUCCCAUUUAUUAAUUAUUUUUUAAAUAUAUAUACGUGUGUAUAUAAAAUAAAAUAUAACAUAUAUUGUUCCUACAAAGAAUAUCCUCAUUGUUCUGAUUCAAAUCAUAUAGUUAAUUUAUUCAACUCAUAUUAUUUUUCUAAUAAAUAUUUGAUCGAACAAGAACAUAGUAAAUAUGCUUUUUUUUUGGAAACAAAUUUAAGCGAAACUUCAAAUGCAAACAAAAUUACAGAAAAUGUAGAAUGGGAAUAUUAUAACAUACUCAGCAUAAUUAUAUUCAAUGAGAUCAAAAAGAAAGGAGGUAUCAUGCUGUCAGAUUAUAUUUCAAAACGUGAAAUAAACGCGCAAGGCGAUGAGGAAGAAAAAGGAGAAAAUAACAAUAGUAAUAGUAAUAGUAAUAGUAAUAGUAAUAGUAAUAGUAAUAGUAAUAGCAAUAGCAAUAGCAAUAGCGAUAGUAAUAACAAUCCAAAGCGCUGCAACAACAAUAUUUUGUUUGAUAUAAACAAUUUUACAAUCGAUCUUACUAAGCAUGAGCAGAAUAACUGGGGGUAUUAUAAGAAUAGGUACUUGCAAAAAAGGGCACAUAUAUACAACGAAAUUGAUAAGGUGUGUAAAAUUUGGAUGAAUGGCAACAAAAAUGAAAAUAUAAAUUUGGUUAAUCAAUUUAAUUAUGAACUAAGUUCUAAAGAAAAUGACGUAUCUUAUCUAUCCCCCAAUAAUAAUAUAUUUAUGCCCAAAUUUGCAUUUUUAAAACCUAAAAAAUGGAGUAUAAAAUGGAAUGAUACGAAAAAAUAUACUCAAAACUUAAAGGUGAAUAAAAAAGACAUGAACAAAAUAGUUAAAAAAAGUGACAAACUUUUUGAAGUAAAUUCAAAUAAAUAUAUUCCAAAUUUACAAUUUUCAAACUUUUAUAUAAAUACAAAUGGACAGACAACAUUUAAAGUUUCAAGCUUCAAUUGCUUAUGUCGUUUUUUUAAUUUUUUUAACAAAAAUAAUAAUAUUUAUUUGAAAAAACCAAAAAAAAUUGCACACAAAAAUGUUAAAAAUAUUAUGAACGGCAAUAAUAAAAGUGUUAAAAAAAAAAAAAAUUAUGACAAAGGCAUAAAUACUAAUUACUCGAAUUAUUUAUUACUAAAUAAUUUCCUUCAAUUAUUAUCCUUAUUUGUUUCUUUUGUUUUUAUAUUUUUGCUUGAUAUAUAUAUUCUAAAUAAUUCUAUAUUUUCUUUCUUUACAUAUCUUGUAUUUUUUUUUGCAUUUAUUAUAACUUCCCUAUUAAGAAGUGUAUUGUAUAUAGUUAGUAUUCCUUUAUAUAGUAAAAUAGAUAUACAAAAAUUUUUGGACUAUUUUUCAGUCGCUUUUAUACAAAUAGUAAAUUAUGCUCAUGUCUUUUUGUAUCAAAAUGAAGAUCUCAUUGAAUAUAUAUAA